UCUCUCUUCUCAGUCUCUACCAUUGAUCCAUCAUCCAUUAGCAGAAAAACAAGUAAACUUACUUAGCAGCAGCAGAGAGAUGGCUUCCCUGGCAGCAUCUACGGCGGCUGCCUCUCUUGGAGUGUCUGAAAUGCUCGGAAAUCCUCUCAACUUCAGCGGUGGUGCAGCAGCGGCUCCGACCUCAUUAACCCCUACCACUUUGAAGACUGUCGCUCUUUUCUCCAGGAAGAAGGCUGCGCCACCUCCCAAACCCAAGCCUUCCGCAGUUUUACCAGCUAACGAGGAGCUUGCCAAGUGGUACGGUCCUGAUAGAAGAAUUUUCUUGCCGGAAGGACUGCUGGAUAGGUCUGAGAUACCGGAAUACUUGACCGGAGAAGUUCCUGGAGAUUAUGGCUAUGAUCCCUUUGGGCUUAGCAAGAAGCCAGAGGACUUCGCAAAAUAUCAGGCAUUUGAGCUGAUUCAUGCAAGAUGGGCAAUGCUUGGGGCAGCUGGGUUUGUGAUUCCAGAAGCCUUAAACAAAUAUGGUGCUAACUGUGGCCCUGAAGCUGUCUGGUUUAAGACAGGAGCUCUUCUUCUUGAUGGAGGAACAUUGAACUACUUUGGAAACAAAAUCCCAAUCAAUCUCAUUCUGGCCGUUGUUGCUGAGAUUGUUCUUGUUGGUGGUGCUGAGUACUACAGAAUUAUCAAUGGCUUGGAUUUCGAGGACAAGCUUCACCCAGGUGGUCCAUUUGACCCACUGGGGUUGGCAAAUGAUCCAGACCAAGCAGCGAUAUUGAAGGUGAAAGAGAUAAAGAAUGGAAGACUAGCAAUGUUUGCGAUGUUGGGAUUCUAUUUCCAAGCAUAUGUAACUGGAGAAGGUCCUGUUGAGAACCUCUCCAAACACCUCAGUGAUCCUUUUGGCAACAAUUUGCUUACUGUUCUUGCUGGCUCAGCUGAGAGAGCUCCUACCCUUUAAAUUCUUUUUCUUCAUCUUCCUAUAUUAUUAAAUUCUUAGUUUUCCUCUCUCUCUCCAUGCAGUGUACAUCACCUACCCAUCUCUUUUAUGAGACUUUUCAACCCAAUUUACAUUAGUGAUCCUUGCUCUUGAUAUAUCUUUUUAUUUCAUUAUUACAGAUGUUUUUCAAUUAAUUAAUUACGGCCUCAUAUUCCACAAUCA